AUGCGCUUCCUUCAUACUAGAUUGUACCGCAUAAUCGAAAACUACCAGAUACCAGAAGGGGUGCGACAAGCAGUACCGUACGCCAUACUCUCUCAUACAUGGCUUCCAUCAGACCGCGACCAUGGAGUCCAAGAAGUGGUGUACCAGGAUAUGAAAACGUCUUAUGAGGAGCUUCAGAACGGUAAAUUCAAACAAGCGGGAUGGUCAAAACUCAAAGCGUUUUGCGACCGUGCUGCUGGGGACGGUUGGGAAUAUGCUUGGAUGGACACAUGCUGCAUUGACAAGGAGAGCCCUUCUGACACUGAGGAAGCCAUCAACGCCAUGUUUCGGUGGUAUCAAGAUGCUGAGAUCUGUUACGCAUAUCUCUUCGAUGUUGACAUUGACAAGACAGGGCAACCGAGCAGAGAAGUCUCCGCAACUGUGGAAAGUACGGGCCUUGCAGAGGAGGGAUUGCGGUCUAGUUUCACUGCCGCAAAGUGGUUCACAAGAGGAUGGACGUUGCAGGAACUCCUCGCACCAGACUAUCUGAUAUUUGUUGAUCACCAGUGGCGAGAUAUCGGCAGCCGAGAAAUGUGGGCCGGAGACAUCUACAAGGCCACCAACAUCAUACCCCACCACUUGUCUGAGUUCGAUGCCUGCUCCUUGGCAACGAAGCUGUCCUGGGCCUCAGGACGGGAGACAACACGUGAAGAGGACAAGGCGUAUUCGCUUUUGGGCCUGUUCAACAUCAGCAUGCCCUUAAUAUACGGAGAGGGACCCCGCGCGUUUCUUCGACUACAGUACGAGCUGAUCAAAAAUUACGAUGACAUGUCUAUUUUCGCAUGGAAGGCUCCUUUUGUAGGAGAUGGCGCGACUGCACUGGUAUAUGAAAGCACGCGCCCUGUAUACGGGCUUCUAGCACCAUCGCCGUCCUUCUUCAACAAAUCGUCAGACUUCGAGAGGCCUGCUAAAGAAGAUACUCCAUCCUUUGAUAUCACAAAUAGGGGUAUACGUCUGGAAGGUACAGUGUGGCAUGCACCCGCCAAUGAAGAGUCGCCGUUGUCCCACUUCGUUCUAGAGGUGGCCCGCAGAACUCAGAAGUCUGAUCAGCUUGGUGAAGCCGACAAGGCAACUCGUCUCGGGAUCUACUUCAGGCCUGAGGAUGCGACUGAAGCAGGUCCUGCCUAUCGGAUCCAUCACUCGCAUCUUCUUGAAUUCCCUCAAAGCCCAGAGAGCCAAGGCUGGAAACGAUUCUCGAGUGUCGAGACAUUUGAGAGACCCGCAGACGCGGCUAGACGAGCCUCUGGCCGCGCACAGAUACUCUCUCUAAACGUCCCAAGUCAAAUUACCAUUGACGCCGACCUUAGCCCGUGGCGACUUCAUGGAGCUGCGUUCACUUUCCGUCAUCAAAUCCGAGAUUAUCCAAUGCCAAAAUUAGCAAAUAAUACAUUCGGACUAGAACUCCACCUUGUCAGGGGCCUGAAUGAUGGUGAUAUCUACCUCUACCCAGAAGACAGACUAAUUAUCCCCAUUUCGCUGAAGGUCGAUGUUGACGGUUCAGAAGAUCAACAUGAAUUCAGUCUUUUGCUACGGCACUCGCAAACAACACAACCUUCUGUCGGUAUUUGGCCAGGUGAAUGCUCGGAUAAUAUUCUGGACAAGCCAACAUUUCCUCUGAAGGCCAACGCACCAAACGAAAAAUAUGCUAUUUGCGUCAAGCUACUUCCCAGACCAAAACACCCAGGGGACAAGGCUGUAGCAGUCACCAUAUCUCUUAAUGCUUCGAUUCUGCAAUAUUUCAAGAGUGAUGAUCGAGAUUCCUCCCGUUUUCCGGACUCCUUGCAUAUAGGCGGUCCCGAGGUUAAGAUAAAGCGCUAUCAGCUGCAGUUAGUAUUGGAGGGAGGCUCUAACGAGUCAACGCCCCAGGAAGGACUGUGA